AUGCCUGGAAUACUACCUAUGAAGGUGAUUAAGGUCGGGUCCAGCUCGCAAAGCCGCAUUGCCCAGGCCUGCGAUCGCUGUCGCAGCAAGAAGAUACGAUGUGACGGUAUCCGUCCCUGCUGUUCGCAGUGCUCGAACGUGGGGUUUGAGUGCAAGACGAGCGAUAAACUCAGUCGACGCGCCUUCCCCCGAGGAUAUACGGAAUCUCUGGAGGAGAGGGUACGCAGCUUGGAAUGCGAGGUUCGGGAGCUGAAGGAUUUGUUGGAUGAGAAGGACGAGAAGAUAGACAUGCUGUCCAGGAUGCAUUCAAACCGGCGGCCGUCCGCAUCAUCAAUCAGCCCGAACCCGCCCGCGGAAGUACGAACGGAAACAUCAACUACUCCUCCGAAGGAUGAUGUCUUUCGGGUACAGGCAUCCCCGUUGUUACUAGGAGCCGAGAAUUCAGAUUCGUACUUCAUGGGAGCAUCAAGUGGGAGAGCUUUUGUCGAUGCCUUCAAACGUAGGGUUCAAGAAAGUGGGAAGUCACUUGCCGGAUUCAAUACAGACGCUUUCCUCAAUAUUCAAGGCGACACUACAUCACUUUCACAGGUUCCAGCUCCUGACAUGCCUACCACGCCUCCUCGUAUGUUCUCGGACAGAUGUGUGAAUGUCUUCUUCCAGGAAUGGGCACCCCUUUUCCCAGUUCUGCAUAAACCUACCUUUCUCCGCUUAUACGAGGAUUAUAUGUCAAACCCAGCCCAAGGCUUGGAUGAUCACAAGUUGGCUCAAUUGCAUCUGGUAUUCGGAAUUGCUGGAAUGUCUAGUGAAGUCCCUGAUCGUGAACAAAUUGCGCUCUGCGAGUAUCAAUGGCGUUCAUCUUUAGAGGCGGUACUCAUGGAUAACUCGCUGGCGACUCUUCAGUGUCUGAUCUUGGCAUUGAUAUACUGUGUCACCAAGGCUGAUUAUAAUCGCCUUCAGCACUACAAGGGUAUCGCUGUUGGGCUCUCGCACCGUCUUGGCCUGCACCAAAGCCAAAAGCGUUUCUCGUUUGGCGCGCUUACAAUUGAAACACGGAAGAAAGUAUUCUGGACUCUAUAUACCCUUGAUUGCUUCUCUGCCGCUUCUCUUGGGCUUCCAAAGCUGCUCAAGGAAGAGGAUAUUCAUGCGGAGUAUCCCUCCGACACGGAUGAUGAAUACGUAACCGAGAAGGGCUUCCAACCAACCCUACCUGGAGAGUACACCAAGAUAUCAAGUGCUUUGGCAUUGUUCCGUGUAUCACGAAUCUUGUCGAAGGUUUUGGAUCAGAAUUAUCCGGCAGCUGCAGCUCACGAGCUUUCUCUCCAAUCCCUGAAUGCCCUAGAAAAUGAAUUGAACGACUGGUCCGAAAAGCUCCCUGCUCACCUCAAGCUCACGUUUGUUCAAGACAAACCGUCGACUGAUAUUACUGGAAGUCGCUCGGCUUUGUUGUCACUGUCUUAUUACUAUAUCCGAACUUUGAUUCAUCGCCCUGCCGUUGGUUCUACCUUGGGGCACAAAACAUCGCCAUCUGUUAUCUCAAUUGCUGAUUCUAGUAAACACGUCAUUCAGAUAAUUCAGCUCCUGGAAGAGAGAAGCAUGUCGUUCUCAUUCUGUUUGAAUAAAAAUGAGAUGCUUACCCUCUGUGGCUUGAGUCUCCUGUACCAAGGACUUGAUCUUAAGCAAGAAGGCAAGCUUAUGCAAGAUGGCCACCGGUUGGUGGGCGUUGUCAUCAAAUAUCUCGAGAAAGCCAGCGCUCCUGGGGGCGCGGAUUUCAAGAGACUUGCCAUAUCGAUGAUCAACAUGCACUCUCACUCUAAACAACCACCAGCCCGAAGCCCGAACUCCAUGGCAGCUCCCCCGAGCACAAAAUCUACACCAUCACCGUCAGUUUCUAAGCAACAAAUUCGUCCACAGGUUUUCCGAAAUCCAAGUGCCAGCAUGAGCGAAAGCGACCUCCUAUCACAGCAGGAAAAGCUCAGGCGAGCUACCUUACCAAACCUUUCGAUGCAACGUCCAGACACUUACGCUCAUUCGCGGGCGUCAAUUGAUUCGACACAUUCCGAAUCUCUGCUUCCGCAACGGGAUAACCGGGCUUCUAUUUCACACCCGCAAACGAUGCUGAAACCCCGCAUAAAGAGCGAGAGACCACCAAAUUUGGAUUAUCUUUCCCUGAGCAAUACCCCCGCCUCGCAACCUCAAUCACCUAUUGUAUCUCGAACACAGGUCUCAUCUCAUUCUUCGCGAACUCCAACGUAUUCAACAUCAGCAUCAGCAUCAACACCAGCGUACUCGAAUCCGAAACCAGCAACCACGAACCUGACAGAAUGGGAAGCUCUCCUUGGAUCGCUUGACGGCGGCCAAACGAACCUAUACGAUGCAAUCUAUGGAGGUCCAGCACUCUCACUCCCAGAAACGGCACAAUCGAAUUACGCACAGUCUAAUUAUUCAGACUGGUCCCCUGAUUCUGCUUGGGAUAUGACUUCGCUAAGUAUGGCCGACGUUAAUACUGGUACGCCUGGAGCAGCACGGAGCGUCUUGAGUUUUAGCGAAGAGAGCUUAAGUUCGGUCGACGAAUUGUCUGGGAGUGAUUUGGGUUUAGUUCAAUGUUUGGGCGGUCGAAUCUCAAAUUUUGGCGUCAUAACGGGCGGCGGCUAUCGUCUUAAAUUCGGAUGCGUGCAAGGUGUCGCCGCCAUGCUUGAUGCUGUAGGUGUCACUGGCGCUGGUAGCGGGACUGAAUGA